CGUCGAGAAGUGCUGCAGGCAGCCGAAUCUCGACAACGCCGCUGCUGGUGGUGUGGUUAGAACAACAUACGACGGCAGCAUUCCGCACGAUUCAGAAAAUCGCCCAUGCUAGUGUUUGGAGGAGUUCUCAUUUGCACCCGCGACGUGGCUUUCCCUGUUUUAAGUCAGAGGCUCGUUAGCGCCGGUCGGAUGGGUGUGGCUGCGCUGCCGUCGCUGAUGAAUCGACGAAGGGAGUAGGCCAUUUAGAACGUCGCCAGACGAGUUACCUGGUAAGGAAGUUUCGAGACGUUUAAAACGUCCAGGCAGAAUCUAAGAAGUCUCAGAACGACUUCAUCAUUAUUAUUCGACAGUUAGAGCCGCGUCUGACGGAUCGCAAUCUUUCCUUCGAACAGAUUUUUAUUCUCCGCAUUCAAAAUAUUGAGCGUGGCAAAAUCCAUAUUAUUUCACCGCACAGAAUGACCGACACGUCGCAUCUUACAGCGCGCACAGCUGCACUUGCGUCCUUGCCAUGCCGCCACACCAGUCUCGAAAACAAUCUACCAGGGCGACCGCGUCGCAUGCGGUCGCACGGCCAGUCGCAUGUGCGACAGGGGGCGCGCGAUCGGUUCGUUAGAGUUCGCGUGUCUGGCGACGGCCAAGCGACUUCGUCUAGUCGCGGCGGCACCACAGCCACAGGUCGAGCGCAGACAUCCACUGACGCAGCCGUCGAAACAUCAGUAGCAGCAUCUGCACCUGUAGCUUCCGGAUCAGCAGGGUCAGCAUCCGGGGAGGCCGUUUUAGCAGCAACCCCGACGUCCGUCGGUCCGCGCUCUCACCUCUCGCCGCGUGAACGGCCGUCAGAAUCCCAUUCGCCGUCAGAAUACCAUUCGCCGUCAGAUUUCCCCGCUCUCCCCUUCUCGCCGUACCUGCGCCUCCAGUGGCGCCUGCUGCAGCAGCAGCCGCUCUUCACCCACCUGCCGCUGCCCGCUGAUCUGGCCUCCAGACAGGGCGCCGGGAGAGGCGCGCGCAGGGGAGACGGGGGGAGAGAUGCGCGCAAAGGAGACGGGGGGAGGGGAGACGUGAGGGGGGGUGGGAAAGGAGGUGGAGGGCGAGGGGAGGGUGAGGGUGCAAGAGAGCGUGAGGAGCGGGGAGAGAGGGCUGGACAGGAGGUGGAGGAUACGCCACGUGUAACGAACUGGUUGGUGGAAACAUCUGCGCUGCGCCGUGUGCGGCUGUCGUAUGUGGACUAUGGGGAGAGGGUGCAGGCGCUUAACACGCUCUGCUACCCUCGCUUCAGUUGCGACCUCCCCCUGCUGGCAGUGGAGCUGCUGUGCUUCAACUCCUCCCGCCUGCUCGCCUUCAUCGACUUGCAGCCCUCCUCGCCGCAGCAGCUAGAGCGGCUCAAGGAGGGGCGCCUUCUGCCUCCAGCAGUCAGUGCCCGUUUAAACGCCAUCCGCUCGCAGCACGCCCACCUGCUAACCCCCAUGAGUGCACGCUUCUUUGCGUCUGACUCGUGCUUCUUCUCGCCGCACCUGCUGCUGUACCGCUCACAAGAGGGGUGUGAGGAUGCCAACAUGCAGCCCCCCACGGGCAGCAUGUGGCACCUCUUCACCGAGUACCUCGCAGCGUACCACGAGGCGUGCAUGGCAUGUGGGGGUGCAGCAGGGCGGACAGAGGCUGAUGGCGGGGCGGCAGUGGAGGGGCAGCGUGCAGCUGAGGACCGCUACAUGGCAGCAGUGGAGGGGCAGAGGGCGUUCGAUGCGUACUUUGAGGAGAACGACCCUGCUGUCAAGAUGCUCAAUCAGUUCUUCGGCCACCAGUGGGCGCAGGCUUACACCAACCGCUUCCUCUUCCCCCUUGCUGCGCCUCGCCGCUCCACCGCACCCCCCUCCUCCCCUCCCUCCCUCCACUAUGAAUCCGCUAGUCCCUUCCUUCCCUCACCCCCUCAUGGCUCCUAGCAUAUGCCAGCUAGCCAAGGAACGUCCGCUGAGAGCACUACAGCCCGGGGGUAAAAUAGCACAGGCGGAAACCACUUGAAUUUAUCAGCGUUGGAAACAGCGAAGUAUGGAAUGGUGCACUGACGCUCUGAAAGGGCCGUCGCAUCGGCUAGAGCAACCAGCAUCUUGCGAAUGGAGCCUUGAAUCCAGCAGCCAAAUGGCUCACUGUAGGGCUACCCGGUUUCCCCCUGCAUGCUUUGCACUGUCCAUACCCCUUACUACAUACAGAAACCUGUGUCCACUACAUUACUAUGCACAUGAAGCCCCUUGAAUAAGUUAGAGCGUGUUCCUACAGACCUCAAAUCAGACUAACCCUUAUCAGACUUGUGCGUAACUGUGCAGUGGGACUUUGACGCGAGUUAGUUCAAUGCGGUGUAGAGCGAUGCGAGGUGCGAAACUCUUAUCACUCAGGCGAAUUUGUCAAGAUACACACUGGGGUUGCCCUUGGUCCUCGGGGAAGGGUCACAGGUGCAGAGCCUGGGGGGUUAUGGGCGCACUUACCCGCUACUUAACAAGCCCUUUUUGUCAAAC